AGAUAACGCAGCAGGCAGAGACGGCGGCGUGCGUGUCGAUGUGCUGUAGAGGCGUUAUCAGUAGACGGCAUUUUUAUUUUUAUUUUUGUUUGGAGAACUAUCGGGAAUUUCGUGCGUCGCUGUGGGUAUUUCGAAUUCAACCAUAAACUCAAGCAGGAGCUAUUCCGCAUGGUGGCUCCCUGUGUUGGAAAGCGCCAUGAAAGAAGUUCCAACUUAGAAGCGACGAAAGGACGGUCCAGUUGAGGGUGGUGUAAAGGUCGGGCACUGAAGAAGGCGCGGCUGUCUUCAUGGAUCGGGCUUUGGCACAACGUUCUCGGCAACGUCUUCACACCGGGAAGUUACCAAACAGGAGGUUGCCACACCGCAAUUCGCAGCGUUGUUGGACUUCGAAGCUCGGCCAACUGCUCGACACGGGCUAGCAUGGACCGCUGUCCGAAUGAAGGGUGCCUGAAGGAGCUUUCGGAAACAGAAGUCAAGCCGCACCUGGAAAGAUGCGCCUAUCGAAAGACGCGCUGCAAUCUGUGCAGCACAGACGUAGUUUUGAACAGUUUCCUUGAGCACUGUACCACCACUUGUCCCAAGAGAAGCGUUAUAUGCAAGGUCUGCACAGCUGUGAUCUUCGCAGGGGAAAUGCAGGAACAUUCCAAGACUUGUCACAAUGUGGGCGAUAAAAUAGAAAAAUCUAUCGUCCCACAAGGUAAAGGUGCCUCGAAGAAAAAGGCGAAGAGUGGCAACAUCAACACGGACGCCGAAAUCAAAGAACUGCGGAAACUACUGAACGCUGCGAUGAAGGAAAUAGCCGAGCUGAAGCUUUCACAGAGCGUUCAGGAAAGAAAGACGGCCGCCCUACUGCGUCGAACGGGGGCGUCGUACGUCUGGUGCCUGGAGUCGUACCGCAUACUUCGCCAGCAUGCGAUCUCGCGCCGUGACGACUGUCUCAGUGAGCCAAUCUUCUUCGGCCUGGCCGGCUGCAAGUUCAGGCUGCAGGCUAACCUGUAUGGCAUCGGAUGCGGUGCUGGCACGCACAUGGCUUUUUUCGUCCAGUCCAAGGUCGUAGAUGUGGCCAGAAUGGACAGUUGCUGUGUCAAGAAAACAAGGUGCUUGAUCCGGGUGGCCUCGCAACGGGAGGGCGUGGAUCACGUCGACCUUACGUUCGACUUUUCUGUCUCGGGUCAGGACCGUCGACGCUCCACGAGCCGUCCGCUGCACAUGUGGAACACGCUUUUCGGCCGCGAGAAGUUCAUCCUCUUCGAAGAGCUCGAAGACCAGCGUGUUGGAUACGUUGUUGAUGACAUGUUGAUCCUGGAAUUCCACGUGAUAGACUGAUUAAGUAAAACAAACACAAGAACAAGCAUGAAGCAAAGAAA